GGGGCGGCGCAGGGGGCGGCGGCUCGGCGGCGGCAACUUUUGGGAGCCGGCGGCGGCAGCGCGGAGGCUGCGCGGAGGAUGGCGGCGGCGGCGGUGGUGUCGAGGCGGCGGCGCUGAGGGCAGCGGCGGCGAGAUGCCGGCGGCGGCCGGGGGGCUGCUGUGGUGGAGCUGCUGGGUGGUGGUGGUGGCGGCCGGGGCCCCUCGGGCCGCCGCGGCGGCGCAAGCAGUGUGUGCUGGCACCGAGAACAAGCUGAGCUCCCUCUCUGACCUGGAGCAGCAGUACCGGGCUCUGCGCAAGUACUAUGAGAACUGCGAGGUAGUUAUGGGCAACCUGGAAAUCACCAGCAUCGAGCACAACAGGGACCUCUCCUUCCUGAGGUCUAUUCGGGAAGUCACAGGCUACGUUUUGGUGGCUUUGAACCAGUUUGAGUAUCUGCCCCUGGAGAACCUGCGCAUCGUCCGCGGCACCAAGCUCUACGAGGAGCGCUACGCUCUGGCCAUAUUCCUGAACUACAGGAAGGAUGGCAACUUUGGGCUCAGGGAACUUGGCUUGAAGAACUUGACAGAAAUACUGAAUGGUGGAGUCUAUGUUGGCCAGAACAAAUUCCUUUGCUUCGCAGACACCAUUCACUGGCAGGAUAUUGUGCGUAACCCCUGGGCCUCCAACUUCACUCUGGUUCCAACGAAUGGCAGCUCAGGAUGUGGCCGUUGCCAUAAGUCCUGCACAGGCCGAUGCUGGGGACCCACGGAGAAUCACUGCCAGACCUUGACGAAGACCGUGUGCGCGGAGCAGUGCGACGGCCGCUGCUAUGGGCCCUACGUCAGCGACUGCUGCCACCGCGAGUGCGCUGGAGGCUGCUCCGGACCCAAGGACACCGACUGCUUCGCCUGCAUGAAUUUCAACGACAGCGGCGCCUGCGUCACGCAGUGUCCCCAGACCUUCGUGUACAACCCUACCACCUUCCAGCUGGAGCACAACCACAACGCCAAGUACACCUAUGGGGCUUUCUGCGUCAAGAAGUGCCCACAUAACUUUGUGGUGGAUUCCAGCUCGUGUGUCCGUGCGUGUCCCAGCUCCAAGAUGGAAGUUGAAGAAAAUGGCAUUAAGAUGUGCAAGCCCUGCACUGACAUUUGUCCUAAAGCAUGUGAUGGCAUUGGAACAGGGAGUUUAGUGUCAGCUCAGACGGUGGAUUCCAGCAACAUUGACAAGUUCAUCAACUGCACCAAGAUCAAUGGCAACCUUAUCUUCCUUGUUACUGGGAUUCAUGGGGACCCCUAUCACACAAUUGCUGCAAUCAACCCGGAGAAGCUGAAUAUCUUCCAAACGGUGCGGGAGAUAACAGGAUAUUUGAACAUACAGUCGUGGCCUGAGAACAUGACAGAUUUCAGGGUCUUUUCUAACUUGGUUACUAUCGGUGGGAGAGCUCUCUACAGUGGCCUUUCCUUACUCAUCCUAAAGCAGCAAGGCAUCACCUCUCUGCAGUUUCAGUCCUUGAAGCAAAUCAGUGCUGGCAACAUCUACAUAACAGACAACAGCAAUCUGUGCUACUACCACACCGUGAACUGGAGCAGCCUCUUCAGCACACCCAGCCAGAAGACGGUGAUCCAUCGGAACAAGAAGGCAGAGAACUGCACUGCUGAUGGAAUGGUGUGUAAUGAGUUAUGCUCAAGUGAUGGCUGCUGGGGGCCAGGACCCGACCAAUGUCUCUCCUGCAAGCGCUUCAUCAGGGGAAGGACCUGCAUAGACUCUUGUAACCUGUAUGAUGGGGAAUUCCGGGAGUUUGCCAACGGCUCGGUGUGUGUGGAGUGCGAUCCCCAGUGUGAGAAGAUGGAAGAGAACAUGAUCACCUGCUAUGGGCCGGGACCUGACCACUGCACUAAGUGUUUCCACUUUAAGGAUGGUCCAAAUUGUGUGGAAAAGUGUCCUGAUGGCUUACAGGGAGCCAACAGCUUCAUUUUCAAAUACGCUGAUGAGGAUCGUGAGUGCCAUCCGUGUCAUCCCAACUGCACCCAAGGGUGUAGAGGUCCCACUAGUCAUGACUGCAUUUACUAUCCCUGGACGCGACAGUCCGCGUUACCGCAGCACGCUAGAACCCCCCUGAUUGCUGCGGGAGUUAUUGGUGGCCUCUUCAUCGUCGUCAUCCUGGGCCUGACCUUCGCCGUCUACGUCCGGCGCAAAAGCAUUAAGAAGAAGAGAGCACUGCGAAGGUUCCUGGAGACUGAGCUUGUGGAACCCUUGACUCCAAGUGGCACAGCCCCCAACCAAGCACAGCUUCGUAUCCUGAAGGAGACUGAGCUGAAGAGAGUCAAGGUUCUUGGCUCGGGAGCCUUUGGAACUGUCUACAAGGGUAUUUGGGUCCCUGAGGGAGAAACUGUAAAGAUUCCUGUGGCUAUUAAGAUCCUGAACGAGACCACUGGUCCAAAGGCCAAUGUGGAGUUUAUGGAUGAAGCUCUGAUCAUGGCCAGCAUGGACCACCCACACCUGGUUAGACUCCUGGGUGUCUGCCUGAGCCCCACCAUCCAGCUGGUCACUCAGCUGAUGCCCCACGGCUGCCUGCUGGAUUAUGUUCAUGAGCACAAGGACAACAUUGGCUCCCAGCUUCUGCUGAACUGGUGUGUCCAAAUCGCUAAGGGAAUGAUGUACCUGGAAGAGAGGAGGCUUGUCCACCGAGACCUGGCAGCCCGGAAUGUCUUGGUGAAAUCGCCAAACCACGUGAAGAUCACUGACUUUGGCUUGGCCAGGCUUUUGGAAGGGGAUGAGAAAGAGUAUAAUGCUGAUGGAGGGAAGAUGCCAAUUAAGUGGAUGGCUCUGGAGUGCAUACACUACAGGAAGUUCACCCACCAGAGUGACGUCUGGAGCUAUGGAGUAACUAUCUGGGAGCUGAUGACCUUUGGUGGGAAGCCAUACGAUGGAAUCCCCACGCGAGAGAUCCCUGACCUCUUGGAGAAAGGAGAGCGGUUGCCCCAGCCUCCCAUCUGUACCAUUGAUGUUUAUAUGGUGAUGGUGAAGUGCUGGAUGAUUGAUGCAGACAGCAGACCAAAAUUCAAGGAGCUGGCUGCUGAGUUCUCCAGAAUGGCUCGAGACCCUCAGAGGUACCUGGUAAUUCAGGGAGAUGAUCGAAUGAAGCUCCCAAGCCCAAAUGACAGCAAGUUCUUCCAGAACCUUCUUGAUGAGGAAGACCUGGAAGAUAUGAUGGAUGCUGAAGAGUAUCUUGUUCCUCAAGCCUUCAACAUCCCUCCUCCCAUCUACACCUCCAGGACAAGGAUUGAUUCCAACAGGAACCAGUUUGUGUACAGGGACGGUGGCUAUGCUGCGGAGGUGCCAAUGCCAUACCGAGCUCCUGGCUGCAUACCAGAGGCCCCAGCUGCUCAAGGGGCCACAGCAGAGAUCUUUGAAGACACUUGUUGCAACGGGACUCUGCGGAAGCAAGUGGCAACCUUGGCCAAGGAGGACAGCAGCACCCAGCGCUACAGCGCGGACCCCACUGUCUUCAUACCCGAGCGGGUGGUGCGGGGAGAGCUGGAUGAGGAUGGCUACAUGACACCCAUGAGAGACAAACCCAAAACAGAUUACCUGAACCCGGUGGAGGAGAACCCUUUUGUUUCCCGGCGGAAGAACGGAGAGCUGCAGGCCGUGGACAACCCUGAGUACCAGAAGGCGGCCAACGGGCAGCCCAAGGCGGAGGACGAGUACAUCAACGAGCCGCUGUACCUCAACACCUUCGCCAACACCCUGGAGAGCGCCGACUACUUGAAGGGCAACCUGCCGGAGAAAGCCAAGAAGGCCUUUGACAACCCAGACUACUGGAACCACAGCCUGCCCCCGCGCAGCAGCCUCCACCACCCGGACUACCUGCAGGAGUACAGCACAAAGUACUUUUACAAGCAGAACGGGAGGAUCCGGCCCGUCGUGGCGGAGAAUCCUGAAUACCUCUCCGAGUUCUCCCUGAAGCCUGGCACUGUGCUGCCCCCACCGCCCUACAGACACCGGAACACAGUGGUGUAGGGCCGGCGGCCCCGCGGACGUGGGAAGGCAACCCCCUUCGAACUGCCUCACUCCUUCACUCUUCCUCUCCUUUCUCCACCUCUCCCCUCCUUCCUUCCUUCCUUCCUUCCUUCCUUCCUUCCUUCCUUCCUUCCUUCCUUCCUUCCCUCCUUCCUUCCUUCCUUCCUUCCUUCCUUCCUUCCUUCCU